UAAUUAAACCCACUUCAUGUGCAUCCGUGUUGGGAAUCGUUUUCGAGAUAUUAUCAAAGGGCGGGCAAUUUAGUCCAACUGCAAUUCGUGGCAGUUGCAUUCCUUCAUUCAGCUGCAGCAUGAGACGUCUGCUGCUGCAGCUGCUCGUGGUUGCUGCAACGGCAGCUUGGCCCACGGACAUUGUCCAAUUAUUGGAUUGUAUUGGGCGCAACUAUCGAAUGGAGGAGAUUUGCAUUAUGCACAGCCAUGGAGCUAGCAGUCCAGGCUUCAUGAAUGCACUGCAUCUGCAAUUGUCGCGUAACGAGAGCAACUACUUUCGGUUGCUGCCUAAGGUGAUAUCUACGGAGGAGUCAGGUGGACGUUUUAGCAGUUUCCUCAAUGAGGGCGCGCUCUUUGUGAUCUUUGCGCGAGAUUCAAAGGAUCCAGUGAUUGAAAUGCAAACGUUGCGAGGAAGAGGACGACGCUACUGCCGCACCUUAUUUCUACUGCAACGUGCGGAGUCACGCAAGGAGCUGAGACCAUUCUUUGAGCGAUUGUGGCAACAGGGAUUUCGCACUGCGCUAAUAAUGGUGGCACAACGUCGACUUUAUCGCAUGGAUCCGUAUCCCACGCUGCGAGUGUUGCAAUUGAGUCCAACACACGAUGAACGUUCGCUGUUUCCACCCACAAAUCAUUUAAAUUUCAAGGGCUACAAGCUGCGCGUGCCCGUGCAGCUCGAUGUGCCCGCCACCUUCUGGUACAACAACAAGGGAAAGGUGCAGCUGGAAGGCGCUGGUGGGAAGCUAUUCUCGGAGCUGGUGCGACAUCUCAACGUCUGUUUGGAGGUGUAUCCACUUUAUGUGAACGACUCGAACUACAUGGAUAUGGGCGCUUUGAUCAAACUGAUUGUCGAGCAACGCAUCGAACUGAGUCCACAUCAGUUCACCACUUUGCAACGUUCCACGCUCGUGGAUUACUCGUAUCCCUUUCGUGUGGUGCAACGUUGCUUCAUGGUGCCACGAGACAGUGAGAUUCCACGUGCUCUAUACAUUUUGCUGCCCUUCAAGAUGGAGUUGUGGCUCUGCCUUUUGGUACAAAUGUUGUUGCUCUCCAUGCUGCACUUGGCAGCGAGAUAUGUGAAACCCUGGGAGCCCGGCAUUCGACUCUGGGCGCUAAUGGGCGUGCCGGGUUAUCGUAGUGCGCUGGUACCCGAAAGAUCCUGCUGGCUGCGUUAUCCUUGGCUGCUGUUGCUGGCCUCCAUCUUUGUGUUUAGCGUGUUUGUCAUUGUGCAGACGUAUACCACGAAGUUGACUUCAUUGCUGGCCGUCAGCCUGAGCAGCAUCCCAAUCCUCAACCUGCACUCGCUGUUCCAGUUGCCGUAUUCCAUCUUGGUGCUGCCCAGCGAUGUGGAUGCGAUUGUCGAUUCGUUUGGACACGAGCAGCAGUUUCUGCAGCAGUUCAGCUACACGAAUUCGAGUGCCUUCUAUGCGCAGCGUGUGGAGAUGAGUCCGGGUUACAUUUAUCCCAUUAGCACCACACGCUGGAGUUUUCUGCAGCAACAGCAGCGUUAUAUGAAGCACAAACGCUUCUGGUUAUCGGAUUUGUGCUAUGGCACAUUUCCGUAUCAGUUUCAGUUGCGCAUCGAAUCGCAUUUCAAGGAUCAUCUGCAUCAUUUUGAACUGCACGUGAAUGAGGCGGGACUGAAUGAAUAUUGGCGUAGUUCCACCUAUCGUCGGGCAGAGAAAUUUGGCUUUAUACGCGACUUUGCCAGCAUCGAGUCCUAUGAGCAAUUGCACAAAGUGCGUCCCAUGGAGCUUAAUUUGCUGGCCACGGUUUUCUAUCUGUAUCUGGUUGGGUUGCUCUUGAGUCUGGUCGCGUUUCUGUGCGAGAUUGUGCCACAAUUGUGGUGCUGUUAACGUAGUUGAAAUAUGACAUUACUAACUGCACUCUUUUGUUUUAAGGCAUUCGCAGUAAUUAUUUUUGGAUUUAUUAACUUAUUGUACUUAUUUUAUUUGGAUAUCUCUCAUUUUUAACACGAACAAUCGACAUGAAUUUUGAUACAAAAUUUGAAUUCUACUUACUAAAUAUAUAUUAUAUUAUACUAUA